ACAUGCAGAGCAGAAGAGAGGGGCAGCAGUGAGGCGCUUUGAUAAAACCGGAAUAUCAGCUCGGUGUAGCGCCACUGAGAGCUGCGCCACGGUGAGGCAGAGCACGGCACGGCUAGGACAGAGCACCGGACUGGGCGAAUGCAGUCCUCAUCAGGGGCCACUGCUGCAUACUCCUUUCCACCAUUUUUGGAGAUAAAAGGACACUCAGAGUAAGCUUUGUCGAGAGAGGGCAGAGGUGUCUAGCUCCACCGAAUAUUUCCCCGGAUUUUACCUCUAGAAAAAUUAGCCAGGGGACAGGGGACACGUCUCAGUUAUCACCAGUUCACGGUCUGUAGCCGUCGAUAGCAGCCCGAGUGUGAAUGCCCGUCGGUCAGUUGGCAAACUAUUUCUUGCUCUGAGUGUUUUUAAAGAGCCGGUGGGGUGUACAACACAGGAGUAUUGUCGGUAAAGCCGUGUGGGUAGGAGUCGACUGUCCGCCAUGGAGAACGCUCACACGAAGAGUGUUGAAGAAGUUUACAGUUAUUUCUGCGUCAAUGAAAGCACAGGACUUGCCUUGGACGAGGUGAAACGACAGAGGGAAAAAUGGGGCCUAAACGAGUUACCAGCAGAGGAAGGAAAAUCUUUAUGGGAGCUUGUUGUUGAACAGUUUGAGGAUUUACUUGUUCGAAUUCUUCUGCUGGCCGCAUGUAUAUCUUUUGUAUUGGCCUGGUUUGAGGAGGGAGAAGAAACUAUCACAGCCUUUGUGGAGCCUUUUGUAAUCUUACUUAUUCUUAUAGCCAACGCCAUUGUUGGUGUGUGGCAGGAACGUAAUGCUGAGGAUGCCAUUGAAGCCCUUAAGGAGUAUGAACCUGAGAUGGGUAAAGUGUACCGCCAGGACAGGAAAACUGUCCAAAGGAUCAAGGCCAAAGACAUCGUGCCUGGUGACAUUGUGGAAGUCGCUGUUGGAGACAAGGUGCCUGCUGACAUCCGUAUCUGUUCAAUCAAAUCAACAACUCUGAGGGUAGACCAGUCCAUUCUGACUGGCGAGUCUGUUUCAGUUAUCAAACACACCGACCCUGUGCCUGACCCCCGUGCCGUCAAUCAGGACAAGAAGAACAUGCUCUUCUCUGGCACCAACAUUGCUGCUGGCAAGGCUGUGGGUGUGGUGGUAGCCACCGGUGUCAACACAGAGAUCGGUAAGAUCCGUGAUGAGAUGGCGGCCACCGAGCAGGAGAAGACACCCCUCCAGCAGAAGCUGGAUGAGUUCGGUGAGCAGCUGUCAAAGGUCAUCUCUCUCAUCUGCAUUGCUGUGUGGAUCAUCAAUAUCGGGCACUUCAAUGACCCCGUGCACGGAGGCUCCUGGAUCCGUGGUGCUGUUUACUACUUCAAGAUCGCCGUAGCGCUGGCUGUGGCCGCCAUCCCUGAGGGUCUGCCUGCCGUCAUCACCACCUGCCUGGCUCUGGGCACCCGCCGCAUGGCCAAGAAGAAUGCCAUUGUGCGCAGCCUGCCGUCCGUGGAGACCCUGGGCUGCACCUCUGUCAUCUGCUCUGACAAGACAGGCACCCUCACCACCAACCAGAUGUCUGUCUGCAGGAUGUUCAUUGUUAACAAAUCCGAAGGCGACAGCUGCUCUCUGGCAGAGUUCACCAUCACAGGUUCUACCUAUGCACCUGAAGGAGAAGUCUACCACGAUGGCAAACAAGUGAAAUCCUCCCAGUAUGAUGCCCUGGUUGAAAUGGCCACCAUCUGUGCCCUGUGUAAUGACUCCUCUUUGGACUUCAAUGAGGCUAAGGGUGUGUAUGAGAAGGUUGGCGAGGCCACAGAAACUGCUCUGACCUGCCUGGUGGAGAAGAUGAACGCCUUUGACACAGACAUCCACCACCUGUCUAAGAUUGACAGAGCCAACGCAUGCAACUCUGUGAUCAAACAGCUGAUGAAGAAGGAGUUCACCCUGGAGUUCUCCAGAGACAGGAAGUCCAUGUCUGUCUACUGCACCCCCAACAAAUCCCGCUCCUCCAUGGGCAAGAUGUUUGUAAAGGGUGCUCCGGAGGGAGUUAUUGAGAGAUGCACUCAUGUCAGAGUGGGCAACAGCAAGGUUCCCCUCAGCCAAGGCAUCAAGGACAAAAUCUUGUCUGUGAUCCGUGAGUACGGGACGGGCCGUGACACUCUGAGGUGCCUUGCCCUGGCGACGCGAGACAGCCCACCCAAGAUGGAGGACAUGAUACUGUCUGACACCGCCAAAUUUUCCGAGUAUGAGUCUGAGCUGACCUUCGUAGGCUGUGUCGGCAUGCUGGACCCCCCUAGACAAGAGGUCGCAGCCUCAAUCAAGCUGUGCCGCCAGGCCGGCAUUCGCGUCAUCAUGAUCACCGGGGACAACAAGGGCACAGCGGUGGCCAUCUGCCGCCGCAUCGGCAUCCUGACUGAGGAAGAUGAUAUCGAACGUAUGGCCUUCACUGGCCGUGAGUUUGAUGACCUGACGCCCUACGCCCAGCGUGAAGCUGUGACCCACGCACGCUGUUUUGCACGUGUGGAGCCCUCUCACAAGUCCAAGAUUGUUGAGUUCCUGCAGGGAUUCGACGAGAUCACAGCUAUGACAGGUGAUGGGGUGAAUGAUGCCCCUGCCUUAAAGAAGGCAGAGAUUGGCAUCGCCAUGGGCUCUGGCACUGCCGUGGCCAAGUCAGCCUCUGAGAUGGUCCUUGCUGAUGACAACUUCUCUUCUAUCGUGGCCGCUGUUGAGGAAGGCAGAGCUAUUUACAACAACAUGAAGCAGUUCAUAAGAUACCUUAUCUCGUCCAAUGUGGGGGAGGUGGUCUGCAUCUUCCUCACUGCUGCGUUGGGCUUCCCUGAGGCUCUGAUCCCAGUUCAGCUGCUUUGGGUCAACCUGGUGACUGAUGGCCUACCUGCCACUGCCCUUGGCUUCAACCCCCCAGACCUGGACAUUAUGGAGAGGCCUCCCCGCAACGCUAAGGAGCCCCUGAUCUCCGGCUGGCUCUUCUUCAGAUACUUGGCCAUUGGAGGCUAUGUGGGUGCUGCCACUGUAGGAGCUGCUGCCUGGUGGUUUACAGUUUCUGACGAAGGACCACAGGUCACCCUUUACCAGCUGAGCCACUUCCUCCAGUGCUCUCCAGACAACCCAGACUUUGAUGGCCUGGACUGCCAUGUGUUUGAGUCCCCUUACCCCAUGACCAUGGCACUGUCUGUGCUUGUUACCAUUGAGAUGUGCAAUGCUCUUAACAGUCUGUCGGAGAACCAGUCCCUGCUGCGUAUGCCUCCCUGGGAGAACAUUUGGCUGCUGGGGGCCAUCUGCCUCUCUAUGUCCCUCCACUUCCUCAUUCUCUAUGUGGAGCCGCUGCCUGUCAUCUUCCAGAUCACUCCUCUGGACUUCACCCAGUGGGUGAUGGUGCUGAAGAUCUCCCUGCCUGUCAUCCUGCUGGAUGAGCUGCUAAAGUUUGCGGCCAGGAACUACCUUGAAUCUGGUAAACAGCUGGACUUGCCAGCCAGCAAAGGCUCCUCCCUGCCUGCAUGCACGGAGGGCAUCUCCUGGCCCUUCGUGGUCGUCUCCCUCCCCCUGGUGUUGUGGAUCUACAGCACCGACACUAACGUGUCUGUCAUGUUUUGGCCCUGACUGACUCCAGUACACUACCUUCCCUGUGCACCAGUGUGAAGUGGACAUUAAUACACUCGUCUAACACAAUUAAAUUAACUUGGAACAGCUACGCCAACUAUAUCAUGAGGGUUCCAGUCAACACUUUUGCACCUGUUCUGACAGACGUGCUCUGUCUACUGUUAGAUCAUUUUUAAUACGAAUGUUUUCACCAUUCCAUCUAUGUUUUCUUUGACAUGUUAUUUUUUUGGGGGGUGGGCGGGGGCUAUUGUAAUGAACUGAGAUCUGACAUUAUGUCCAUGUGUCCUAAUUUCCCAUCAAGCUUUUUUUGUUUUUAUCCCCUUUUUUGAAAAAGCAAAGAGGCCCUUUAUGUAGGAGCUGUCUAUUGAGCUGUACAGAGAAUUAACACUAUUUUAUGAUGAUUAAUGUUUUGUAAUUUUGGGACAGAAUGUGGGGAUAAGAAUUAUGUUUGUGAAAAGGAUGUAAUUCUGAGGACCAUAUAGUUCAAAUUUAUUCUUUGGACACUAAUAUCUGGACAAAGACUUGGAUAUAUUUGCCCUGGCAUGAACUCCGAUCUCUAACCUUCAUUUUUGAACUCCGUGUAUCUAUCUUGUUCAUUCAUUAUUUUUCUGCAUUAGGCAGAGCACAGCUACCUCAUAUGCUGUUGAUAUGACCAUUACUACCCAUUUGUCGCAACAACCAUUUCAUAGAUACUGUCAUAUUUAGUGUUGAGGUAUGCACCACUUUGUUUUGCAGCAGACACAUGGCCUCAAACCCUCUCACACCUUUUAAAGUUAUUUUUAAAAAACUUUUUAGUUACAUUUUUGAUUGUUUUCUGUGCUCUUUGAGGGAAGACAGAACAUCGAUGUAAAUGUUACCUUGGUUUGAUUCAAAGAAAUUUUUGAUAUAGACUGUCGGUAAACUUGUUUACUUCAAGAAAACACAUUCUGUCUUGAUUUCUUUCUAGGUUCACUUUCAAGGUUCAGUCUUAAUCUUCAGUCCUAAUAAUAAUCUUUCUAAUUUAUGUAUAAUGUGCACAUACUGUACUUGAAUAUGUAAAAAGGCACCAAGAAGCUGAUACUCUUAUCAGCUAAGCACAACAUGGACUAUUUUUGGGGACCGGUGUGUGGUUUAGACUUGUUUGUACGUAUCAGCUAGCAGAGACUAUUCACCACAGCCCCGGUCGUGCUAUGGAAGGCUAAAAAAGACUUGGCGGAAGAGUCUGUAUAUCUGUAUAUAGCACACAAAGUAGUACCUGUAUGUAUAGAUUUGUUUGUUUACAUGCUCCAUACCUUUACACUAGUUGACUUGAGCGUGUUCUUAGCCAUAGGUAGGUAUUCUUGCAUGCCAGCUCCAAUAUUACCAGGCCAGUGAGCGCUUGAGUUUUGUUAAACCUAACUGUUGUUUCUUCCAAUGCCUUCCACAUGUUUACCUACAGAGUGAGUACACGUGACCUGCAUGCCCACAGCCCACUAGUGCUCGCUCAUCUUUGACAUGGUUACACACCUGGCUUUGCAGUCUGUCAUUGCUCAUAUUCAGGCUACUUACAGACGAACAGUUCGGUUGCCUUGAAAUGACAGCAAUAACAGCUCCUCUUGUUUUAUUUUAAAUUGGAAUAGCAGUUUUAUAUAUAUAUUUAUACUUUUGAUGGUACAAGUGUGAGAGGAGUAAAAUCAAGGUGGAGGGUUUCUUUCAAAAUGCCUUUGAUGUCACCAAGUGCCAGGUACACAUUGUGUAGUAAUAGCCUCCUUUGGUAUUGUACAUCCUGGCAGCAUAUCACUUGUGCCAGUUCUUUUUGAUUGUAGAGUGCAGGACCAUCUGCAGCAAGAAUUGGCAACGGGCAGAGGCACUGACUUUUGAGUGCCUCAUACAAUUACAGGAUGUGGAGUUUUUUUUUUUGUUUUGUUUUGUUUGUAAACAUUUGUCUCUUUAUUUUAUUGCAGCUUGUAUUUUGUAAUGAUUCUCUUGCUUGCACAUGGCAUGGCCUUUUACAUGUUUUCUCUGUAUGAAGAGAGCAAAUGCUUUUUACGUUGGCUUAUAAUCAUUUCAGUCCUUUGAUUUGGCUCUCCCUCUCUCUCUCUUUUUUCCCCUGCAGCUAAGGCCGCGUAGGCCCACCUCUACUCUAAAUUCCUUGCAGAAACUGUAAGGUUUUGUUUUCGUGUUGUGCAUGUGUGUUUUGAGCAGCACAUCUUCCAAGACCUGCAUGUCAGUGAAGAAAUACAAUCAAAGACAUGGCUCCUAUGAUUCAUGAAACAUUUUUAUCAAAUGGACAGAUAUUAAUUAAAUGUUCAAUUCAAAACAAGUCAGUCCCAUGUCCUCAGCACUUCCAUCCGCCUGCAUGAAGAGCCUUAGAUUAUCCUUCAACCUGAAGAGGACAAUUCUCAUGCCAUCUUUCUAGACUAAGAUGUUAAUAUCAGGUAGAGUAAAUGUACAAUAUUCCAUGGUGCAUGUCCUCUGAAGCAGCCAUCUGUUUUACCAAAUUUGUGUAAUAGGCAAUGUAUAGUAUUGGUACAUAGGCUAGAAAUUUGUCAAAUAGUACACCUGUAUAAUAAGCUCAAAAAUACUGGUCAUCUUUCCUAAGGAAAUACUUUUAUGGGAUAUGUAAAACCAAACAGACUCUUUGUUUUGCUUUGCACGGAGAUGUGCAACAUGUUUGAAGCAGAUUUUACGGUAUCUGGGAAGGUGGAAGUGCAGCGCUGCAGUGAUGCAUACAUUUUACCGUGAGAAAGGCAGUCAGUCCAAUUCACUGGCAUGUUUGCCAAACUGCUGUACUGUAAUUUCAGAGAUGAUUGUACAAUGUAUCACAUGAAUUGUGGUUUCAGGUAAAUAAAACUGAUAUACAUGAAAUGCA